CAAUAUGGUUACGCUUAAAAAGUAAGUUGUUUGAGGUUUAAUGAUUUCCUUCUCGUUGACACGGAUCUUUUUCCCCCCAAUGCUGUCAGAUCCAAAAGAGGAGCGUUGUACAUGCCACCACAAUUGGGCUGUCAAGCCCCACGUUAUUAUUUUUCAAUCAUCCGGAGUCGUGGAAGGAUUCCAAUAAAUUACACUUCAACCCCGACCCCCCCCCCCCAACACACAUAGACACACUUCAGCCCUUAUUGCCUGUCAUUACCUUGUUUUGUGGAUGACUGGCUCUUUCAACCCAGUGGGGAAAUACCCCCACAACUUGGAAAUUGUAUCUGGCAAUAUGCUAGCUGCCCGGCUGCUCCCUGCUGUAACCAUGGCGAUGGAAAUUGGGCUUCCUUGAUGAUGCGGGCUCACGGUCACCAAAUUUGGAGGAGAAUGGAGGAGGGCAGGAGCGAGUGAUUUCUCCCGAGGUGUGUGUGCUGAUAAAUGAGUGUAAGGUUAUGCAGUAGAUUUGCCAUGCAAAACAAGAGGGCAUGAUACCCGCAGAGCAUCGUGGCGUGUUUUUCUUUUAAGCCGUUCUUCUGGGCGGUCCCUCCAGGAAGAAGUCGAUGAGGGAAAGUGACAGCCCAUAAAACAUUUUCAUGGUCUGGCGUGAGGUCCAGGACUGUGGUGGGAUCGCAGUGGUUUGGGGUGUUUGUUUUCUUCUUGCAAAUUCAUAUGUGCUCAUCUCUCUUUUGAUCUCUGUUCUAUCGAACUAUUUGUAUCUCAUAUUGUGGCAAACAUCACAAACGUCACGGAAACCUGUCUUCAUAUGUGUCAAUAUUCAAAUUGGGCACUUAAAAAAGAAUGCAAAAGUCACAGAUGUCAGUUUUCCUCUCCCUACAUUUGAGUUGAAAAUGGCUAGCUACAAAACAGAGGCCUACUACAGUAAUACAUUAAGCAUCAAGGCUUUCAGUGUUGCCAAAUUCAAACAUCAGGGCGUUACGUUUUAUCCAAAUAAGUGUUAGUGUUAGCCUUAAAAAGAAUACUAACUCAUAUGUAGUAUGCAAGGCUAUAGUGCCAUCUAGUAAGAUACGCUGCAGUGUUGAGCCUUGCCUUAAGGACGUCUCAAAAGUAGUUUAAGCACACCUGAAUGCAGCUGAUGAAGUCAAUCAUUAGGCCACACGACUAGCAGUCAUUCAAACAGUAGCACUGUUAUUUCAGUUGAAUCUUGUCAAAUACCGGUAACACAGUUUUAUUUUACAAGUACAAGGUCAAAUCCUACUUUAAUAGCAGUCUCAUCCGAUAGUAACUGCCUUAAACCAUUUAGAUAUAUAGAUUAUAUAUAUAGCUAUGACUGCUAACCACAUUAAAUUAAUUGUUGGAGCCAGUUAUGAUGUCCUCCCAACACUGCAUAACCUUACUCAGUGGGUGGGUGAAGACAAAAGCUGCAAGUUGUGUUUGGGUGUUGGCUCAUUAAAACAUAUUCUGUCUGGAUGUAAAACUAGCUUGAUCCAGGGUUACUACAUGUAAUCUGUUUUUAAAAUCAUUGGUGUGUUUUUUUGAGAAUAAAGGAGUUGAGGUUAACUCUUCGCCGGUUAAUGACAGGGAUAGUCAAAUUUAUUUUGUGCAAGAGGGGCAGAAAAGAGGACAGCAGGCAUGUGCAAAUGGGGCAAAGUGUGGUAGGAGGUGGCUGGUUGUGACUCCUAUGGGACCAGACAUGGUGUUGUAUUCUGAGUGUGAGGGCAUUGUUUACUUGAUUGAAUUAACAAUUUCUGAUUGAAGAUACGAUCGAGGAAGCCUUUGAAAGGAAGAAGCUAAAGUAUGCAGAGCUGGUUGCGGAAGCGAGAGAGCAAUGUGGGCAAGCACAUACAAGACCACUGGAGACCAGUGGUCACUCAAAUGAGUUUAAAGGAGUUGUCCGAGGCUGCUGGAAAAGCAAGCCAGUGGUUAUGGCUGAGGCACUCACAGACUACCUGGGGACAUGUGAAUUAACCUUUAUUACAUGAAGAAGCCUGUUGACGUAAGAUGUUCUGGAAGUUGACACUUUGCAAGAUCUUCUGGAUUUUGUCAUUGUCAGUAUUUGGACUCUGUCUCAUCUGUUUCUGUUUUGACAUGUCCUGUGUUUUUGUUGUGGUAGCCAUGUGCCUGUGUUGUGAUAGCCAUGUGCUACCAUGUGCUCCGCCCCUUGUCCUGUCUUUGUUCUGUUUCCCACCUGUUCUGCUCCUCACCUGUGCCCAAUAAUUACCCGGCCUAUUUAAGCCUGUCUUGCCUCAUGUUCCCUGUUGGAUUGUCGCAACUGUUGUGCUACCCUGUUCUGUCCAAAGAACUGAUCAAGGAGGCCAUUUUAGACAAUGACUUCAUGAAGAACCUGGAGCUGUCUCAGAUCCAGGAGAUAGUGGACUGCAUGUACCCUGUCGAGUAUAGCAAAGAGAGCUGCAUCAUCAAAGAGGGGGAUGUGGGCUCUCUGGUCUAUGUGAUGGAAGAUGGAAAGGUGGAGGUGACGAAGGAGGGGGUGAAGCUGUGCACCAUGGGGCCGGGGAAGGUGUUCGGGGAGCUGGCCAUCCUCUACAACUGCACCCGCACAGCCACCGUCAAAGCUCUGGCCAAUGUGAAGCUAUGGGCCAUCGACCGCCAGUGUUUCCAGACUAUCAUGAUGAGGACGGGCCUCAUCAAGCAGACAGAGUACAUGGAGUUUCUUAAGAGCGUUCCGACUUUCCAAGGCCUCCAGGAGGAGAUUCUCAGCAAGCUGGCUGACGUGCUUGAAGAGACCCACUACGAUGACGGAGAGUACAUCAUCAGACAGGGUGCGCGAGGAGACACCUUCUUCAUCAUUAGCAAGGGGAAGGUGAAUGUCACGCGAGAGGACACACCCAAUGACGCGCCGGUCUACUUGCGAGGACUAGGCAAAGGAGACUGGUUUGGGGAGAAAGCCCUUCAGGGGGAGGACAUCCGGACGGCCAAUGUCAUCGCCGCAGAAGCUGUAACCUGUCUGGUCAUCGACAGAGACUCAUUUAAACACCUGAUCGGAGGUCUGGAUGAUGUCACCACCAAAGGUUAUGAAGACACAGGAGCCAAAGCAAAAUACGAAGCGGAGAAUGCCUUCUACUCCAACCUGAAGCUGGCGGACUUCAACAUCGUCGACACCCUGGGGGUCGGAGGCUUCGGGCGAGUGGAGCUGGUUCAGCUCAAAAGUGAGGAGACCAAAACCUUUGCCAUGAAGAUCCUGAAGAAAAGGCACAUUGUGGACACACGGCAACAGGAGCACAUCCGCUCUGAGAAGCAGAUCAUGCAGGAGGCCCACUCAGACUCCAUCGUGAGAUUGUACAGGACGUUUAAAGACAGCAAGUACCUGUACAUGCUUAUGGAGGCUUGUUUGGGAGGAGAGUUAUGGACCAUACUGAGGGACAGGGGUUCAUUUGAGGACGCCACAACAAGGUUUUACACAGGCUGUGUAGUGGAAGCCUUCGCUUACCUGCAUUCCAAAGGAAUCAUUUACCGGGAUCUCAAGCCAGAGAAUCUCAUCCUGGAUCACAGAGGCUAUGCCAAACUGGUAGAUUUUGGUUUUGCCAAAAAGAUUGGAUUUGGGAAGAAGACGUGGACUUUCUGUGGCACUCCAGAGUAUGUAGCGCCAGAGAUCAUCCUAAACAAAGGACACGACAUCUCCGCAGACUACUGGUCCCUGGGCAUCCUCAUGUAUGAGCUUCUGACGGGAAGUCCACCUUUUUCUGGUCCUGAUCCAAUGAAGACAUACAAUAUCAUUCUGAGAGGUAUUGACAUGAUAGAAUUUCCAAAGAAGAUCACCAAGAAUGCUGGCAACUUAAUCAAGAAACUAUGCAGGGACAAUCCAUCGGAGAGGCUAGGAAAUUUGAAAAAUGGUGUCAAGGACAUCCAAAAGCACAAGUGGUUCGAGGGGUUUAACUGGGAAGGCUUAAGAAAAAUGACCCUAAUUCCGCCAAUCAUCCCUGAGGUUUCAUCUCCCACCGACACAAGCAACUUUGACAGUUUCCCAGAGGACAGCGAUGAUCCACCUCCGGACGAUAACUCAGGGUGGGACACAGACUUUUAAACCAUGCCUGCCUCUCCAGACACUGAGCACCCUCACACCCUGCCGCAACACCCCCGUCCCGUCCCCCGUCCCCUCCACCCCAGUCCCACCCCCAGAGAAGAGUUUUAAACCUUAGUGAUUGAGUUGUGAUGGGGAAGGGCUGGCUGGUCUGUGUGCAAGGACGUACUGUAGCUGUGAAGAAUUGAACGGCGUGACAAGAUGAGGACAUGGAGAUGCAGUGAGGAGGUUGAGGGAGGAAUCAGACCUUCACUUGCCUCCUGGGUCACCCAGGUGCCUUGGUCCAUGCCUACACGCUCUCUCUCUCUCUCUCUCUCUCUCUCUCUUGCUCUCGUUCUCUCUCUCUUCUUCCCUCUUUCUCUCUUGAUCCCCUUACGGCAUUGGGAUGCCCUUUGAGCCUCCACGGACCCAUCCCACUACAUCACCUUCA